GAACUAAAUACAAAACAGCCCUUCUAUUUUGUUUAGCCACAACAAAACCCUAGCUUGUGAUAUUACCCUGAAAUCAGCAUCACCAACGGUCUUCAGCAGCGACAAUGUCAACAGAGGGUAUGAGCCAACACCAAAUCACAAUAUCCAAACCUAGAAAUCAAAUAAGCCGAGAUCAAACGUGAAGUAGAUGAUCGUACGGUGAAGGAACGCGCCGGGGGGGGGGGGGGGGGGUCUUCACUGCUACAGAAACGCACACAUGAUAGCAUCUGGUGGGGGGAUCGAAGAAGCUGAACAAAGGGGUUGACAAGUCAAAGUACAAAAAUCGAUCGUAAAUACUGUGGUCCUUAUACAGCCUGGCCCGCUGGAGGAAUAGGAACAAUAUUCUAUGUAGGUAGGGUGUGUGUGAUGAUUUGUAGAUGAAAACGGAAGGCUUAAAUUAAUUAGUUUGGCAGGCUGAUUCAACCAGUUAGAUAUCCACUCUUCUCCAGACUCCAGCAUAAACAUCAUCUCACGCUAACCUCUCUAGCAUGGCCUUGGUGUUAGUUAUCUUCUUAAAGUUGUUCUUCCUUCUAGUUACAGAAGGAUCUCUGAUUAAUGAGUCAGUCUCCUCUAAUAUCAGCUUAGGUUCCUCAUUGAACACAGACACAAAUCGUUCAUGGCUCUCACCUUCCGGACUUUUUGCAUUUGGUUUCUACCAGCAAGAUGGCGGUUUUGCAGUCGGGAUAUGGCUGACAACCAAACCAGAUAUCACAGUUGUUUGGACCGCAAACCGUGAUGACCCACCUCUCUCCUCAAACAGUACCAUUAAGCUCACUGGUGAUGGUCGGUUGCUUCUGUUCACUACUUAUGGUGAGCAAAAGUCCAUCACAAAUACGUACUCGGAGUUGGAAGCGGCAACCUCAGCUUCGAUGUUUGAUUCUGGUAAUUUUGUACUCUAUAAUCACUCCGAGGUCAUAUGGCAAAGCUUUGAUUACCCGUCUGAUACAAUACUAGGAGGGCAAACACUUACUCCAGGGGGUCUCCUAGUCUCUAGUGUAUCAGCUUCACAUCACUCGAGUGGGAGUUUUGUACUGGAAAUGCAGACUGAUGGAAACCUUGUGGCUUGCCCUCGAAACAGUCCCAGGGGGCCUAGUGACGCAUACUGGGUCGGUGGAAUGUUUGGACUGCUCUACAGUGCAUUGAUUCUCAACCUUAAUGGCUCUCUGUGCACAAUGAAUGGAGAGACACAAAAGCUCAUAAAUCCAUCUUCGAGACCAGAGUUGAGAAAGGAUGAGACAGUAGUCUUUCGUGCCACUCUUAAUUCACAAGGUAACUUUGUUCUGUAUUCUCACAGAUUCAGAAAUCUCUUUACUAACUCGACUGGUAUGAUGGAAUGGGAAGCGUUACGGGACCCAUGUAAGGUCAAAGGCAUUUGUGGUGCUAAUAGCUACUGUUAUACCACUGCCGGCAAGGCUGAGUGUCGAUGUUUUCCUGGUUUCUUAUUUUUUAACAGUUCUAGAAACGGGAAGUCCCUUGGCUGUUACAGGAAUUUCACUGAAGAAACCUGCAGUCAAGGAGGGCUACAACUUUCCCACAAUAUUACUGCCUUGGACAAUAUGAAGGCCGAGGUCUUCCCUUACUCUGUGUUGAAUCUUAGCAAGGAAGCUUGUAUUAAUGUUUGCCUUGAUGAUUGCAACUGUUGGGUAGGCUUGUAUGCAAAUGAUAGUUGCAUGUUACUCAAGGUCCCAGUUAUUUAUUCAGUGCUUGAUAAGAGUAUAUUAGCUACAGUCUUCAUCAAAACUAGUUUCCCGAAAGCCAAACACCAGCUACACAAACCGUUACCUGCCUUAAAAAGCCCAGAACAAGGUGCUUUGGCUGAAAGGAGAAAACUUGUUUCCAUUUUAGCCAUAACACUUGGCUUCUUUGCUCUUAUGUGUACACUGAUGGCCUUCUCUAGUUUCUUUUACUACAGAGUGCGUGCUCAUAGGUACCAACGUAUGUCCCAAAAUGUUGAUUUUGGGUUGACAAAUGAUCAUUUUACUCUCCGAUCAUUCUCGUUCGAGGAGCUUCACAAAGCCACAGAUGGAUUUAAGGAAGUGAUAGGAAGAAACUCUAUUGGUGGAGAGGUCUACAAAGGGUUUAUUUCUGAGGGCAAGAAAGCAGUUGCUGUGAAAAGACUGCACACGAGGAUGCUUGAAGGAGACAGAGGGUUCCGGGCAGAAAUUACUGCUAUCGCGCAAACUCAUCACCGGAACUUGGUUCGCUUACUUGGUUUCUGCAUUCAUGGAGCUGCAAAGCUACUUGUUUACGAGUUUAUGAGCAAUGGGUCACUGGCAGAUCUUCUUCUUAAGCCGGAAACACUACCUGGCUGGAAAGAACGUGUCAGCCUGGCACUCGAUGUGGCGAGAGGAAUCUUGUAUCUUCAUCAAGAGUGUGAAACUCGUAUAAUACAUUGCAAUAUAAAGCCUCAUAAUAUUCUUUUUGAUGAAUCUUCGACUGCUAAGAUCUCUGAUUUUGGGUUAUCAAAGUUGUUGAGGCAAGAUCAGAGUGGAACCCUCACUGGUGUUAGGGGAACAAGAGGGUACAUGGCACCUGAGUGGCACAAGAACACCUUAAUAUCUACCAAGGUGGAUAUUUACAGUUUUGGGGUUGUGCUGCUGGAGAUUUUGUGUUGCACAGGUGAUAUGAAGAUAGACAUUUCAUGUGAAGACAAAAUUUCUUUUUUCACUUGGGUUUACCGUUGUUUCGUGGUCAUGGAGUUAAAGAGUCUGGUUGGAGAUGAAGAAGUAGAUAUUCACAUGUUUGAGAAAAUGGUGAAAGUUGGACUUCUUUGCAUUCAAGAUGAUCCAGAGGCAAGGCCUUCAAUCAAAGAUGUUAUCCUAAUGUUAGAAGGAACAACUGAUAUACCAAUCCCCCCAUCACCAGUUCCUUCUUUGAUUUAGCUUAAGUGUUAUUAUGUUAUAUUUUAAAAUGUAUUUGGAACAUAUCAUGUAAUCACAGAAAGCGUGCGAAUUUAUUUAUAUUAUAUAUAUUGAAUGUGAGCAAUACUUCUUGUUC